AUGGCAAGUCAAGAUGAAAUUAGAGCUAAACGGUUGGCAAAGUUACAACAGCAUGAAGCUCAACAAGCUCAGAAGAAACAACAAACGGAACAAGAACUAGCACAGCAGUUGCAACAGGCACAGCAAGAAUUAAAAGUGGAACAAGGGAAAGCUCAACCAAAAGAACACGUCCCUCCUGUUGUUUCGGCCGAAAAGGAAUUACCAGUUGUUGAACAAGAGUUGUCUGACCAUACUAUUGCAGACACAACAGCUACUGAUCCGUUCACUGAGUGGGUAUUAACUCAAUUAGAAUUCAUAUUUCAAGCAACCAUUGAUCCAGAAAAGAAUAAGGGUGAUCUCGUAUUUUUAUAUAAUUUGGCAUAUGAAUUACAACAACGUCCUCACGGACAGAUAACCCCGGAUGACAUUGAAUCAAUUUUUAUGGAAAUUUUAACUGAAGUUGGUAUCCCUGCUAAAUCAAAAUCCUUGAUGGAAUAUUUGUAUUUAACUUAUCAUAAUGCGUUCCGCAUAAAGAGAACAAUCCCAUUAAAGGCUCAUUUGUACCAAGAAAAAGUGCAAUUUCUUAACCAAGUCAUUAAAUUUUCAGUUAGUUAUGGUGGCAUAAGUUUCCAUGUGGUUGAUUUGUUUAUAAAUAAUGAUGUAAGCAAGUCUUUGGAGUUCUUUGUAACCAGAUUCAAUGAUGUUUCGUCAUUUUUAUUUGAUAUUAUUAAUAACGAAGAAGAUGAAGCCUCUUUACUUGAAUUGGCAAAUUUGAUAUUCCCUUAUUUGAGUUUCAAGAUUUCUACUGCUAAUCUUGGUCAUAGUUCAAAUUUCAUUCAUUUGUUAUCUGUAUAUGAAGCACUUGUUUCAAUUAAACCUGUGGCUGCUAUUUUUUCACAAGUUAACGGGUUUCAACCACCUAAACAGGAAUGUCUUGAUUACGAACACAAAACUUUAUUAGGUCCAUUAUUGAGAAUAUCUCCCUUAUUGGAAGACAUGGCUGUGAAUUACUUCCAAGGUGUUAGCACACAGACUCCUAUGCAAAUCCAUAAUACUUAUUCAUCAAUUCAAAAUGAGUACAAUGUUAUUAUUUCACAUUUAUUUACAAUUGUUGAUAAAUUGGUUCGAGGAUCAGUUAAAACAAGGACCGAUUUAGUUGAAUGGUUUGCAGAUUUAAUCAACUUGAAUCAUUUAAGAAGAGGUUCCCAUGCAGAUUUCAAGAAAUUAUCAAGCGAUGGAAUAAUGUAUAAUAUCUCCAUUAUUUUGAUUAAAUUGAGUCUUCCAUUUUUAAAUUAUCCUUUGUUUGGCAAAAUCGAUAAAAUUGAUGUUGAUUAUUUCAGAAAGAAUAGACUUCUCGAUGUUGAUGAAGAAUCAAGAGUUAACUCUACCAUUGAAGAAGUAGAAGAACAAUAUUCGCACGAAGAACAAGACACCAAUUUCAUCUCUGAUUGUUUUAAUCUAACCUUAGCAUAUCUUCAUUAUGGUAUUGGUGGGAUCUUUAUCAAAUAUGAUAGAUUGAAACAACAGAUUAAACAAGUGCAAUCAAGAAUUGAUCAAAUUGAAUCAGGGCAAACUCCACCAGGAUUAAACCCAAUGAUGAUUAGUUUCCUUAGACAAGAAUUACCAAAAUUGAAAAAGACAAUUGAAGCAUUCAAAUCAGUUAAACAUUCAAUUCAGGCAAUUUUCGAUUUUAGAAAUUUGCAAUUGGAAAUAUUUGAUUUUAUAAUCGGCGCAACAACUUUUAUUAUAAGAUUAAUUGAUCCAUCACAUUCAUAUCCCCAGUCUAAACUCUCAAUUCCAAUCUUCAAAAUAUCGAAGGUUUCUGAAUUGGAUGAUCACGAUUAUUUAAAAACCAAAACUCCAAUACCUUGGAAAUACUAUCCAGAAUUUAUAGUGGAGGGUAUUGUUAACUAUUGUAAAUUCCUGACAAAUUUCAUGGGGUGUCCACUUGUUGAUAAUCAAGAUAAAUUAACUUGUUUUUGUGAAUUUAUAAUUAUUUUGUUGCGUUGCCCUGAAUUAGUUGGUAAUCCUCAUUUAAAGUCAAACUUAGUUGAAAUUUUGUUUGUUGGAUCACUACCAAUUGAGAAUGCUAAUAGAGAUGGAUUCAUGAUUAGUGUCUUCAACAAUAAUAAACUUAUAAUUGAUAAUAUAUUGUAUUCGUUGCUUGAUUUUUAUGUGAUGGUUGAAAAGACUGGAGCAAGUUCACAAUUUUAUGAUAAGUUCAAUAGUAGAUAUUAUAUUAGUGUUAUUCUUGAACAAUUGUGGAAAAAUCCAAGCUAUCGUUUCCAAUUGAAGGAUUAUUCCAGGAAUAAUGUUGAUUUUUUCAUUAGAUUUAUUGCAAGAAUGUUGAACGAUACUACAUAUCUUUUAGAUGAAACAUUUAAUGUUUUGAAUGAAAUCCAUAAUGUUCAACAGGAACUUAAGAAAAGAUUAACUUCUCCUGGUGAUGAAUCAAUGGGGACCGAUGAAGAACUUGAAGGUAACUUGGAUUCAUUAGAAUCUCGUGCCAAAUCAUAUAUGUCGCUUUCCAAUAAAACCAUGGAAUUAUUUAAAUUGUUCACCAAGGAGGUUCCUCAAGGUUUUAUGCUUGCCGAAAUUAUUGACAGACUAGCAAGUAUGUUAAAUUAUAAUCUUUCAAUUAUGGUUGGUCCCAAGUGUUCCAACUUGAAAGUUGAAAAUCCAGAAAAGUAUAAUUUUGAACCAAAGAAAAUAUUGACCUUAUUAUGUGAGAUAUAUGUUAAUUUAUCGUCACAAAAGGAAUUCGUUGCAUCUGUGGCGAGGGAUGAACGUUCUUUCAAUCUUGCCUAUUUUGAAAAAGCAGAAAAUAUUUUGACUACAAAGACCUAUGUUGAGCCUAAAACCAUUAAUGCAUUAGUCACUUUUGCUCGUGCUGCAGAAGAUCAACGUAAGCUUGAAGAGAUGGAAGAGAUGGAAAUGGGAGAAAUCCCUGAUGAAUUUUUGGAUCCGUUAAUGUUUACGUUAAUGAAGGAUCCAGUUAUAUUGCCGGGUUCUAGAGUUUCGAUUGAUAGAUCUACCAUUAAGGCACAUUUAUUAAGUGAUCUGACUGACCCAUUUAAUAGAAUGCCAUUAACUUUGGACGAUGUGAUUGAUAAUGUUGAAUUAAAACAACAAAUUGACGAAUUUAGGCAAAAGGCUAGACAGAAUCGUCAAUAA